CUGCCAUCAUUGCAGAACAAGUAACACACAACACUUGGCCGCGGUCGUCCCAAUCAUCCACACACACACACAUUGCCUCCUGCCAUCAUUCCCGGAUUUUCUCGCGUGGUUCCAUUCCGGGGACCACUUCCGGGAGGUUCCUCCCGAUAUCUGCCGUAACGGAUUUGAAGACGGUGUUCUUUCUAGUUUUAAGAUUGUGAUAGUGCGUACGUGCGACGGAAGUGAGUGCUUUUCGGAUCCAGCCAACGGGAACCACUUUUUUCUCCUUCUUUUUCGUUCGAAUCCUUCAUCACACAUCCUGAAAGACAGACUUUGCACGAACGGAAUUACCCGGGACCGGUGGGCAGCAGCAUCCCUACCCGGCUCAUAGGCAAAUCGAGUUUUCGAGGGGAAGAGAAGAUAAUCAUAUUUUCUUGCAUGCUUUUAUGCAAUUAGUGGUGUAGCGGAAAUUGCUUUAAAAUCUAACUUUAGAGCGGAAAACUCCGGAGGGGGCCGACCAUGGCGAACAAGUUGUGUUGGUGAAUCUGUGAGCAAGAAAGUGGCAUCAAGGACAACGUGGUUCCCGGAUAGAAGAAAAAAAAAACGAACGAACGGGGAAUUCCCCGGGGUCAUAAAAAUUUCAAAUUAAUGCGAAUCUAAAAUGGACGUCCAUCAACAAACGUACGCAGCAUAAGAAGAGCCAGAAGAAGAAGAUGAAGGGCGGCCGAAGGGUGGUCGGAAAAGUCGCCCCUUCUUCCAACGGUGUGUGAUGUGAUGGUGUUGGUGUGAGCGAGAGCGAGAGAGAAAAAAAAGGGAGAGUGUGAGUGUUCGUCCUACGAGGAAUCCUCGGCACAGCCGUCGCGACGCCCGCAGGGCAGGCAGAACAUAGCAGGCUGGGUGGUUGAGGCUGGCAGAACAGCGCACAUGUGUUUAUCAACAUUUCAUGAGGUGCGAGACGUGCGACGCUCGGCAACAACAACAACAGCAACCACGGCGUCGACGUCGAUUGGGGGUCCUUUUUCGGCCAGAUUUGUGACCGGUGACGAUUUAUGGUGCGUGUUUUAUGUGUGUGACUGGGCAUUAAAUUGAUUGGCCUUCCGGUGGACCAACAACAGCACAGAUUGACUAACAUUAUCCACGAAAGAAAAAAAAAAACGACACCGGAAGGGGGAGAGGAAGGUGGUGGAAGUGGUGGUGGUGGUAAAAGCUGGCCGGAAAUCACCGCCAGCAGCAGGGGGGCCCCGUCAAAGUGUCUGUGGUUGGAAGCGGUGGCCCUGGCGGCAGUAAGAUCUGGCGACGCGAACGGAUCGGCAUGACGGAGCCCGAUUCCGACGAUGUGGCGUUUCUCACAGGUGGUGACAGUACAAGUGGCCGACCAGGCCGGGAAGGCGUUGCCGUUUGUUCACAAAAGCGCGCACUAUGCGUGACGGCGAUCGUGCUGGGAACACUGCUAGCCACCGCCCUGGUGAUAGCGUACGCCGGUCCCCAGACGGUAUGUCCGUGCGCGGGCAAGAUCCCCCCGGGAUACAUCCAGGAGGGGUACAACGAUACGGAACCCUUCCAGCCAAUCGCGAGCAAUGGCCAGCCGUUCCCGUGGCUGCUGCCAACGCUGCCGAACAAUGUGCGACCCUACCGGUACUCGUUGACGAUUCACCCCAAUCUGACUACGCUCGAUGUGAAAGGACAAGUCACGGUCGAGUUCCACGUGGAAAAGGAGACUAACUUCAUCGUGAUACACGCACAGGAUCUCAACAUCACGGAGAAGGCACUGGUCGGACCCAAGGGCUACGCGCUGAAGAUCCUCCGGAUACUGGAGUACACGCCCCGGCAGCAGCUGUACAUCGAGUUGCGGGACAAGCUACGCAAGAAAGCAAAUUACACGCUCAGUAUUCGGUGGUACUCGAAGAUGAUCACCGAUCCGGACGGCUUCUUCGUGGACCAGUUCGAAACGGAGCAUGACGUUAAGAAAAUCCUGGCCGCUACGAUCCUGCGACCGGGCAGUGCCCGCAAGGCAUUCCCAUGCUUCGACGAGCCACACCUGAGGGCGUCGUUCCGGAUAUCGCUGUUCCGCGAUCGCUUCCACAUCGGGCUGUCCAACUCGAUCGUUCAGGACACGGACGACGUCGGGUUCUACAUGGGAACGGGACUGCUGCGAGACGACUUUGCCGAGACACCGCCACUGCCGCCGGAUUCGAUCUCGUGGGUGAUCAGCGACUUCAAGCGCCAGCUGCUCGACCCAUCGCCGAUCUACCAGACCGUGAACGUGUCCAAGGACGCCCGCAAGCCACUGCUGGAGCCGACGAAGCAGCCAGCCAAACUGACCAAGGCGGAGAAGAAGCCGUUCCGCAACCUUACUGCCGUUCUACUGUCGAAGAAUCUCUUCAAACUGACAAACAAUCAACCACCUAGCAAGCCAUCCGCCAACGAGUCCAGUACGGUCGUGCCCAUGGCCGAGAACAUUAUUCAGGGAAAUCACACCAAUCAAGGCGCGGGAAGCGAUAGCAAUCAUACGAGUGCGGCCGACGCCUUGGAGAUCAAGACCGCUCCGGCGUAUUCGUUCUACGCACCCAAGUCGUACGUAGACAAGGGUAGCUUCGUCCUGCACACAUCACGAGACAUCCUGGAGUACCUGCAACAGUGGCUGGGAGUUGCUUAUCCCCUCUCCAAGCUAGACUUUAUCGCGCUACCAACACUAGACGAAGAUCUGACGAGUUCGCUGGGACUGAUCGUGUGCCGAACGUCCUUCCUCAGCUCUCCGGAGAAUGUCUCCACCAAGGAGUACCACAUGUCCGUGGUGAAGAUUUCCGAGGGCAUCGUCAAGCAGUACUUUGGCGGACUGAUCUCGCCAAAAGCGUGGAAACACUCCUGGCUUUGGGAAGGUAUCAUCCAAUAUCUAAGUCGGUUCAUCCUAACCCCAAUUCGACCUCUCUGGCCAAUGAACGAACUCUUCCUGAUCGAAACGACCACCCGAGCGUUGGACAUGGACGCCCUGCAAGGUUGGGAGAGCAUCUACACCGGAACGACCGACACCGGAGACAACGAUCCGUUCUACAUCGACAAAUCUGCGUCGAUGCUGGCCAUGCUGCAGUCGGCCGUCGGAGAGUCCAACUUCCGUCAGUGCUUAGGUAAAUUCCUGAAGACGUUCAAGUACCAGACGGCGGAACCGGCCGACCUGUGGAUCCUCUGUUCCAAGCAGGUCAACUACAGUAAAAACGUCAAAGAAAUGAUGAACUUCUGGACGCAUCUGGCGGGCUUCCCGUUGGUCAACGUGACCCGCACCGGAGACGAACUCCACAUCAGCCAGGUACCGUUCGCACCCGCUGAGUUCCUCGCGAUCAACGACGAUCCCAGCCUGGACGAAAACGACCCGUUGGCGACGUUUGGGGAUGGUUCCACCACAACCAGUACGACCACGACCAUUGCGCCAACCGUGGCCAGCAAGGACAAGCGACGCACCCGGUGGGUCUUCCCGAUCAGCUACGUAACCAGCAACAGCGAUCAACUGCCGGACACAAUCUGGAUGAACACCACGGAAACUAAAGUAACGCUCAAUCACUCGCCCAAGUGGAUCAAGCUGAACCACGAGCAAACCGGAUACUUCCGGGUGCUGUACGACGAGGACAACUGGGGCAAGCUGGUCGAGCAGAUGCUGAUCAACCAUCACGUCUUCAGCACGCAGGAUCGCGUCGGUCUCGUGUCGGACAUCUUUACGCUGUGCCACGCGAAUCUGCUGUCCUGCGACUAUGCCAUGGAUUUGAUCGCGUACUUCCCCAAGGAACAGGACUGGGGACCGGUGCUGGUAGGAUUCAAACACCUCGAAAAGUGGCGCAAGAUUCUCAAGUACUCCGAGUGCUACCUGGUACUCGCGGAGUACAUCCGCCAGAACCUCGCCAAGUCGAUCCUGGAGCUGACGUGGAACGAUACCGGCAAGGAGGAGAUCAAACUGCUUCGCCCGACGGUCCUGCUGAACGCGGUCCUCUGGGAGGAACCGGACGCCAUCAAGAACGCCAAGGAGCUGAUGAACGAUCAAGGCAGCAUCCCGCCAAACCUACGCUCGGUGGCCUACAUCGGAUCGGUCCUGUCCGGCGAGAUUCGCUACUGGCAGGACUGCUGGUCGCUGUACACCAAGUUGCGCGCCGAAAAGGACGUCGGCUCGGAGGAACGGAUGGAGCUGCUGCGCGCGCUCGGCGUCACCAAGGACGCCUGGCUGCAGAACCGGCUGCUGUCGCACGUCAUCACACUGCCCGUCACCGAAGUGGUCCAGGUGCUGCAGACGAUCGCCGGAACGCCAACGGGCGGCGCCAUGGCUUGUCGCUUUCUGCAGGCCAAGUGGCUCGACUUCCAGUCCAAGCUGGGCAGGGGAAGCGUCAACUUUGCUCGUGUGAUAUCGGCCAUCACGCAGUACGGGUCGACCAAGUUUGACUACGAUGAGCUCAAAUCCCUGGUCGAGCGCUUCGGCGACGGUCCCGGCAUGAAGACGCUCAACAUGACGCUGAGCAUGGUGGCGGCGAACGUCGAGUGGGUCAGCCGGUCGCAGACGUCCAUCUUCAACUGGAUCGAGCAAAAGUACCACUUUUGAUCGGAGGCUGAGGAGCACGACGGCACAAAUCACCGGCGGAAACGGGAGGAAUUUUAAAGACAAAAUGACGACGUAAUAAGGAAACCAAAAAAAAAAAAAAAAAACACGCAGCAGCAACAACAUCUAUUUUUUAGUUUUUCUUUUUCGAAAACUUUAGAACCGAUCGACGACGAGCAGACGUUACUUACACACACACACACGUACACAUUUAAAACAUUCUAGCAAACAAGUGAGCAUAAAUGUGAUUAGGAGUGAGUGCGAAAAUUUUGGGUGGACGCGUGAAAGGGUAACUUUAGGUGAAAAAGGUGAAAAUCAGAAUGCAUUUAUUGGUAGUACAAUCUCUGGUAGAUGAAUUUUUAAUCUUAUUAUUAACUGGAACGACUCUUCCAACUGACAGAAAAAAAGAAAAAAAAAAGAUCAGAAUACUGCGUGUAAACUGCUGUAAAUGUUUCACUGUAUAAUUUAGUGUAUAGAGAGAAAGUAUAUCGCGCCGGACAAAACAAAAUCGCUGUUCAUUAUUCCAUCAACACCUAGUUCCGUUGUGUAUUCAAUCGACGAAAGCUUCUGACUUAAAGCAAGAAAGGACUGAUUUGUAUCAUAUAGGAGAGCAAACAAAAAAAAGUGUACUAUCAAUACUGAGUAGGUGUGUCGAAAGCCAUAUUCUUCGAGUAAAGAACAAACAAACAAAAAA